CCAAAGUCUUAUCAAGUAAAAAAUUAAAUUGUUUGUGCAGUUGUAUUAUAUUUAGUUUCAAACCUGAAGUGGUAGUUGUCUUUAGUCUGUAACCAUUUAUUUCUCAUGAAUGGUAUUUUCUUUAAAAAGUACUUCUCCUGGGAACUUGUUCGACUAUAAGUGUAUUGAUUGUUAGUUCAUUUUGUUAUUUCGUUAUGUGAUGUUGAUGCUCUUUUCUGCUAUCUGCUUUUAUGCCAGAUAAGGGUAAUCGACCGUAACUGUGAAAUCCCUCAUGAAGGUCCCUUCUGUGAUCUCAUGUGGAGUGAUCCUUCAGAUAUUGAAACAUGGGCAGUCAGUCCACGUGGAGCAGGUUGGCUAUUUGGGUCCAGGGUCACAUCUGAGUUCAACCACAUAAACAAGCUUGAUCUUGUUUGUCGAGCUCACCAACUUAUGCAAGAAGGUCUUAAGUACAUGUUUCAGGAUAAAGGCCUAGUAACAGUGUGGUCUGCCCCGAAUUAUUGUUACCGUUGUGGGAAUGUAGCCUCUAUAUUGAGCUUCAAUGAGAAUAUGGAAAGAGAAGUAAAGUUCUUCACUGAAACAGAAGAGAAUAAUCAGAUGAGAGGGCCGAGGACAGGAGUUCCUUACUUGUAAUUGAAGCAAGUUACAUACUGCAGUGCCUGUAAAACCAUCCAAGCAUUUGGUUGUCUAAAAGAGGUGCGAACGAGGAAUCAUCGAUACAAUGCUAGCAGGUGGACCAGUCCUGGAAAUUUUGUUCUGCUCUGGCUAAGCUCUACUUUUGGGUAUCAAUGGAUCAUGUCAUAUUGAGUGUUGUCUCAAGGUCAACAUAGCUUUUCCCUUAAAUGUUCCUCUUUCAUUCCCAUACGCUGUCUAUUAUAUGCUACCUAUCUUGGUUGAUGCCUGUUCUAUAUUCAUGGGUUCUGUAUUUUGUUUCAUUAUAUGUAUACUGCUGCUUCUCAAUUUUAUCAUUGUUUUUGCCAUUUUAUCAA